CAGCUACAGUUUGUGCUUCUCGGGACCACCAGCUGACAGCCAUUUCAGAAGUCAAUGGGUGCGAGAUGUCUACCUUCGCGGGGGUGUUGAAACCACCCCUAGGAGAAGGCUUGAACAACUACCCUGUCCUGCCCCCCAUCCCAAACACACCUGUCCAGGACGGCGCUAUGGGGCUGAGUGGUGCGGAGGAGCGGAUGACAGUACAGAGGAAACUCCUGCGCCACAGGAGAAGUAAAAAGCAGCAACAUCAGUUGCAUAAGAUAGUUGUUUCUAGUGCAAUACAGGCCUACAAACGUGCAAAGGAUAUGACACCUACUAGGGCUCCCCUGUCACCCGAGCCUGAGUUUCCUCCUUCAAUGAGCAGCAAAGAUAGAAAGAGAAGAUUGAACUACAUGUUCUUAAAGCAGUGUGUGGAGGGCAGUCCUAUUGUGCCUAUCCAGCAGCAGUGGCUGGAUGCCAUGUUGACCCGUGUUCCACUGCAGCUUAGAGAGGGCCCAGGGAGAGAUGAGCUGCUGCAGGAACUCUGCAGGGAGGUCAGCGACAACUUCCUCAGCGGAAUGGUCAAACACACAGUAAAUUAUGUGCUGGAAAAGCCACAAACAAAGGGUACAGUAACAACAAUACAGAGAAGUCCAUCAGCAAAGGUUCUUGAUUUCUCCAGACCCUGGCAAGACAGUUUUGUUAGGAGUCGCAAGGAGAUCAAGGACAAUUUGCACAUUCUUCACCCAGUAAUGCGCAUCAUUUUAGAUAUGGGAUACAUAACAUUCUCCCACCUUCUCUUAGUGGACCUCUCUGACUGCAGGUCCACAGGCCCUGUAGACUGUGAGAGUCUGAAGAAUAAAGUGGUUGUUGAGUGUGAGAAAAUAGAGGAGAGAGUCAGGAACACCUGGUUCCCCAAAGUCAUCCACCUGCUGACCAGUAAGGACACUCUACAGGGGGUCAGGCCUGAGAAAUUGGACUCCUUUUACAACUGUGUCUCUACUCUCAUCUCCAACCAGCUGAGAUCCUUGGUUGAGAGAAGUGUUGAAGAGUUUGUCAGCUUAUUUGAUCUUUGCAACAACCAUCGUUUGCCUUUAUUUCGCAUGGAUCUAACAUUUGAUGAUGAGAAGAUGGAAUUCUAUCCCAGCUUCCAGGAUCUUGAAGAGGCUGUUUUACAAAUUCUUAAACAAAUUACUCUCACCAUGCAGAAGGUGCAAACUGUCCAGUCAUGGCUAGGUGAGGCUAACCAGUCUUUUGUGGAUGCCAAACUGGCAGACCAUGUCCUGGUAUGGGCACAGACCACUGUGAGGACUGCUGUGAGGAAGAACCUAGAGGAACCUAAUGAACACUUUCAGAGUUAUGUUAAACACUAUGACUGGCUGGUCAAUGGAACAGCACAGGCCCAAGUGGAGGACUUCAUGAAGGAAAACCAUUCUUUUGAUGAAUACACUAAGCAAGUGGAGCAGUUCCGUGUUCUAUCCAAACAGAUUGUAAGCCUCCCAGCGAUUGCCCACUUUGCCAUGGUCCGUCUGGACUGUGAGGAGCUGAAGCAGGGACUGGCUAAGAAGGCCAAGACUUUUGCUGAGAUCCUUGUGGAGCAACUAAUCACUAGCCACCGCGAGCACAGUCUACAGAUCUGCCAAGAGUUUGAGACCAUCAAAGAGAAAGCCCUCAAGGUUCCAGAGACCACUGAGGACAUGACAGAGAUGAUAGCUUACAUCAGUCACAUUAAGACAAAGGGAAUUCAGGAGCUUAAUGCAAAAAUAAUGGAGACCCACCAUAGACUUAACUACCUGUUGGACGUUCACAUAUUUGAUCAAGAGGAUCUGCAGUUAAACUCGACAGUUCUUCUCUGCCCAUAUAAUAUCGACCCAGUGUUUGAGCUCAAUGAUGAGGUGAUGGGCAAGGCCAAGCUAAAGGGAGAGCAAGAGUUGCUUGGUCGAAGGGAGAAGUUAAUGCUGGAGCUUGAUAAGUUGGGGAGAAGGAUGGAGGAGUUUGCAGAGUGCUCUGAGUUAGACAUGAUGCAGCAGUAUGUAACAGAUGUGAGAACAGUCCAGAAGCGUCUCCAGGACGCUGAGGAGGCUAUAGUCUUCAUCAACAAAGAAGAAAACUUGUACAAAUGGGACCAAACAUUUUAUCCUGGAGUGGAGGUUAUCAAGGAGAGCAUCGAACCUUACCAGAAGCUGUUUGCACUGGUGCUGAAGUGGCAACGCACUGAGAAGAGAUGGAUCGACGGCUCCUUCCUGGACCUGAAUGGAGAGAGCAUGGAAGUAGAGGUUGAUGAGUUCUUCAGGGAGAUCUUCAAGAUGCUUAAGUUCUUCCAGCAGAAGCAGAAGAAAGCCGAACAGGAGAGAGACAAGAUGGCAGGAGUGGCUAAGAAGAAGCCUGCGGAGGAGGCCGCAGGGAAACAGGAGAGCCCUACAGCACUCAUCUGUUCCAGGGUUAUGGAGCAAGUUAAGGACUUCAGGGAGCACAUCCCUAUGGUGUCCAUCCUGUGUAACCCAGGUGUUAGGUCUCGCCAUUGGGAACAGAUGUCUACAAUAGUGGACUAUGACCUCACUCCUGACUCCGGCACUACUCUACGGAAAGUUCUCAAACAGAACCUGGCCCCUUACUUGACGCAGUUUGAGGCCAUCAGUGCUUCUGCCAGCAAGGAGUUUUCCUUGGAGAAAGCCAUGCAGACCAUGGUGGAGAUGUGGGAAGGAAUCUCCUUCCACUACCACCCCUACAGAGAGUCUGGAGUCUCUAUCCUCACAGCUGUGGAUGAGAUCCAGACCAUGCUGGACGACCAGAUUGUCAAGACCCAGACCAUGAGGAGCUCACCUUUCAUCAAGCCCUUCGAGAACGAGAUCAAGUCUUGGGAGGAGCGUCUGAUACGUAUCCAGGAGACCAUAGAUGAGUGGCUGAAGGUGCAGGCUCAGUGGCUCUAUCUGGAGCCCAUCUUCUCCUCUGAGGACAUCAUGCAGCAGAUGCCCGAGGAGGGACGUCUCUUCCAGACUGUUGACAAGCUGUGGAAGGAGGUCAUGAGGCACUGUGUCAAGGACCCCAAGGUCCUGCCUGCCACCUCUCUACCAGGCUUGCUUGAAAGACUGCAAGAUUCCAACAACCUUCUGGACAAGAUCUUGAAGGGACUCAAUGCUUAUCUGGAAAAGAAACGUCUCUUCUUCCCUCGGUUCUUCUUCCUGUCUAAUGAUGAGAUGCUGGAGAUCCUGUCUGAGACCAAGGAUCCCCUGCGUGUGCAGCCCCACCUGAAGAAGUGCUUUGAAGGCAUUGCCAAGCUGGACUUCCUUCCCAACCUGGAAAUUCAGGCCAUGUACAGCAGUGAGGGCGAGCGUGUGCAGCUCAUCCAGCUCAUCUCGACGUCCGAGGCCCGGGGCGCCGUGGAGAAGUGGCUGGUGCAGGUGGAGGAUGUGAUGCUGCGCAGUGUCAGGGAUGUGGUGGCCCGCUCCAGAGUGGCCUAUGGUGAGACACCCCGUAAACAGUGGGUGAAGGAGUGGCCUGGCCAGGUGGUGCUCUGCACCUCCCAGAUCUUCUGGACCCUGGAGGUUCAUGAGGCCAUCAGUGGAGGAAAGGAGGGGCUGAAGAAUUACUAUGAACAGCUGCAGUCUCAGCUUAAAGACAUUGUGGAGCUGGUAAGAGGAAAACUGCCGAAGCAGACCCGCACCACGCUGGGGGCUUUGGUAACCAUUGACGUGCAUGCCAGAGAUGUGGUCAUGGACCUGAUAAACAAAGGUGUGUCUCAGGAUACAGACUUCCAGUGGUUGUCCCAGCUCAGGUACUAUUGGCACAAUGAGAAUGUGCGUGUUCGCAUCAUCAACUGUGACGUCAAGUAUGCCUAUGAGUACCUGGGCAACUCCCCCAGGCUGGUUAUCACACCACUGACGGACAGAUGCUACCGCACCCUGAUUGGGGCCUUCUACCUGAGCCUGGGGGGAGCCCCUGAGGGUCCGGCCGGAACAGGGAAAACUGAGACCACCAAAGACUUGGCCAAAGCUCUUGCUGUGCAGUGUGUGGUUUUCAACUGCUCUGAUGGCCUGGACUACCUGGCUAUGGGGAAGUUCUUUAAAGGCCUGGCUUCAUCUGGAGCGUGGGCGUGCUUCGACGAGUUCAACCGGAUUGAGCUGGAGGUGUUGUCCGUGGUGGCCCAGCAGGUCCUGUGCAUCCAAAGAGCCAUUGAGUUGAAGAUGGAGUACUUUGACUUUGAGGGAACCAUGCUGAAGCUCAACCCCAACUGCUUUGUCUCCAUCACCAUGAACCCAGGAUAUGCUGGUCGAUCAGAACUCCCUGACAACCUAAAGGUGUUGUUCAGAACAGUAGCCAUGAUGGUGCCGAACUACGCGCUGAUAGCAGAGAUCUCCCUUUACUCCUAUGGCUUCCUGAAUGCCAAGCCCCUGUCAGUCAAGAUAGUGAUGACCUACAGGCUGUGCUCAGAGCAGCUCUCCUCCCAGUUCCACUAUGACUAUGGCAUGAGGGCUGUCAAAGCUGUGCUGGUUGCGGCGGGAAACCUCAAGCUAAAGUUCCCCAAUGAGAAUGAAGAUAUACUGCUCCUAAGGUCCAUCAAGGAUGUGAAUGAGCCCAAGUUCCUCUCUCAUGAUAUUCCGCUGUUCAAUGGCAUAACCAGUGAUCUCUUUCCUGGCAUCUCGCUCCCUGUGGCGGACUACAAGCUGUUUCUGGAGUGUGCUGAGGAGUGCAGUAAGAUUCACAACGUUCAGCCAGUCCAGGUCUUCCUGGAGAAGAUCAUCCAGACCUAUGAAAUGAUGAUUGUCCGCCAUGGGUUCAUGCUGGUGGGAGAGCCCUUUGCUGGGAAGACCAAAGUGCUGCAUGUGCUGGCUGACACCCUGUGUCUGAUGAAUGACAAGGGCUUUAAUGAGGAGGAGAAAGUGUACUUCCGGACAGUCAACCCCAAGUCUAUAACCAUGGGACAGCUCUUUGGCCAGUUUGACCCUGUCUCCCAUGAGUGGGCUGACGGGAUUGUGGCCAACACCUUUCGAGAGUUUGCCUCUGCGGAGUCCCCAGAGCGGAAGUGGGUGGUGUUUGACGGCCCUAUAGACACACUGUGGAUCGAGAGCAUGAACACUGUGCUUGACGACAACAAAAAGCUGUGCUUGAUGAGUGGAGAGAUCAUCCAGAUGUCCAACCAGAUGAGUCUCAUAUUUGAGGCUAUGGACCUGUCUCAAGCUUCACCAGCGACAGUGAGCAGGUGUGGGAUGAUCUACAUGGAGCCUUCCCAGCUGGGCUGGCAGCCCCUGGUGACCUCCUGGAUGAACACCCUCCCAGAGCCCCUGCAGGCCCACGACCACAGCUCCCUUCUGCUGGAGCUCUUUCACUGGCUGGUGCCCCCCUCCCUCCGAAUUCUACGCAAACACUGCAGGGAAGUGGUUUCCACUAGUAACAGUAACGUAGUGGUAUCCCUGACUCGUCUAUUUGAGAUGUUGCUGACAGAACCUGUGAAAGACGAUGCCGGGAACAAAAACAUACGUACCUGGAUCAUGGCGACAUUUGGCUUCUCCCUGGUGUGGUCUGUGGGGGGCAGCUGUGAUGCAGACAGCAGGGAGAGGUUUGAUGAUUUCCUCAGGGAGAUCCUUUUGGGAAAGUCACAGCAACACCCCAUACCUGCAUCUGUCUCCAAAUGGGAAUGUCCUUUUGAGGAGAAGGGUCUGGUCUAUGAUUACUCCUAUGAGUUCAAAGGAAAAGGCAGAUGGAUCCACUGGAAUGAGUCAAUCAAGAACAUCAAUCUGGGGGAUAAGUACACCAAAGUCCAGGACAUCAUUGUUCCUACCAUAGAUACGGUCCGCUACACCUACCUCAUGGACUGCUGCAUAAACUAUGGAGUGCCUCUGCUGUUUGUGGGUCCUACCGGCACCGGGAAGUCUGUCUAUGUGAAGGAGAAGCUGAUGAACAACUUGGACAAGGACCGCUAUCUGCCCUUCUUUAUCAACUUCUCAGCUCGUACCAGUGGAAACCAGAGCCAGAACAUCAUCAUGUCCAGGCUGGAUAAGAGGAGGAAGGGGGUGUAUGGCCCGCCCAUGGGAAAGAAGUGUGUCAUCUUUGUGGAUGACAUGAACAUGCCGGCGCUGGAGCAGUUUGGGGCUCAGCCUCCAGUGGAGCUCCUUCGCCAGUACUUUGACCAUGGCAACUGGUAUGACUUGAAGGACACCACCAAGAUCACUCUGGUGGACCUGCAGCUCAUCUCUGCCAUGGGGCCCCCUGGUGGUGGAAGGAAUGCUGUUACCCCUCGCUUCCUGCGUCACUUCAACAUCUGCAGCAUUAAUGCCUUCAGUGACGAUACCAUGGUGUGCAUCUUCUCCAACGUGGUGGCAUUUUACCUGAGGAACAAUGAGUUCCCUCCAGACUACUUCACUGUGGGUAACCAGAUAGUUGCUGCCACCAUGGAGGUGUACAAGAAGGCCAUGCAGAACCUGCUGCCCACACCAGCCAAGUCCCACUACACCUUCAACCUGCGGGACUUCUCCCGUGUGGUGCAGGGCUGCCUACUGCUCAAGAAGGAGUCUCUGGAGAACAAGCGCACCAUGAUCCGCCUCUUCGUACACGAGGUGUUCCGGGUCUUCUACGACCGUCUGGUGGAUAACAAGGACCGUGCUUGGCUCUACAAGCUCAUGAACGACAUUGUCAGAGAGCACUUCAAAGAGAACUUUGAGCUGGUUUUCGAACACCUGAAGCAGGACAAAAAGACGCUGUGCGAAGAAAACAUGUGCAACCUCCUGUUCGGGGACUACAUGAACCCUGACCUAGAGGAUGACGAACGGCUUUAUGCAGAGGUGCCCUCCAUGGAGAUCUUUGGCCAGGUGGUGGAGCUCUGUCUGGACGAGUACAACCAGACGCACAAGAACCGCAUGAACCUCGUCAUCUUCCGCUACGUCCUGGAGCACCUGUCGCGCAUCAGCCGUGUGUUGAAGCAGCCGGGGGGCAACGCCCUGCUGGUGGGGGUGGGGGGCAGCGGGCGUCAGUCCAUCACCCGUCUGGCCACCUCCAUGGCCAAGAUGACCCUGUUCCAGCCCGAGAUCUCCAAGAGCUACGGCAUGAAUGAAUGGAGGGACGACCUCAAGCUGCUCUUUAAGAAUGCAGGGGUAAAAGGCCAGAAGACAGUGUUUCUGCUCACCGAUGCUCAGAUUAAAGAGGAAGCCUUCCUGGAGGAUGUGGACAGUGUCCUGAACACAGGAGAAGUGCCCAACCUCUUUGCUGUGGAUGAGAAACAGGAAAUCAUAGAGGCAGUGCGGCCCAUCGCCCAGGCUGGUAAUAAGAGUGUGGAGUUCAGCCCUCUGGCUCUGUUUUCCUUCUUUGUGACGCGCUGCCGGGCAAACCUACACAUCGUGGUGGCUUUCAGCCCCAUAGGAGACGCAUUCCGUAACCGGUUACGUCAGUUUCCUUCACUUAUCAACUGCUGCACCAUCAACUGGUUCCAGCCUUGGCCAGAGGAGGCGCUGGAGCGCGUGGCCAACCAGUUCCUGGAGAGCCUGGAGAUGAGUGAACGCGAGAGGCAGGAGGUUAUGCCCAUCUGCAAGACCUUUCACACCUCCGCCAUCGAGCUUUCACACAAGUUCCUGUCUGAGCUGGGUCGGCAUAACUAUGUCACCCCCACCUCCUACCUGGAAUUGAUUGCUGCCUUUCGUCAGCUCCUCACCAAGAAACGAGACACGGUCAUGAUGGCCAAGAGGAGGUACACCAACGGUCUUGACAAGCUGGCCUUCGCUGAGUCUCAGGUGGGUGCGAUGAAGAAAGAGCUUGUGGAUCUGCAGCCCAAGCUGGAGCAGGCCAAGAUUGACAACACCAAGAUGAUGAAGGUGAUAGAGGUGGAGUCGGUCCAGGUGGAGGCCAAGAGUAAGGUGGUGCGUGUGGAUGAGGAGGCUGCCACUCUGAAAGCUAACGAGUCCCAGGCGCUGAAGGACGAGUGUGAGAGUGACCUGGCAGAGGCCAUCCCAGCCCUGGAGAUGGCCCUCUCUGCCCUCAACACCCUGAAGCCCUCUGACGUCACCAUUGUGAAGUCAAUGAAGAACCCUCCAUCUGGUGUGAAGCUGGUGAUGGCUGCUGUGUGUGUGAUGAAGGAUUUAAAACCAGACAAGAUUGCUGAUCCUGCAGGAACCGGGCAGAAGAUUCUUGACUACUGGGGUCCAAGCAAGAAACUUCUUGGAGACAUGAAUUUCCUCAGAGACCUGAAAGAAUAUGACAAAGACAACAUUCCUGUGCCAGUGAUGCUUAAGAUCCGAAGUGAGUACAUGACCAACCCGGACUUUGACCCCACCAAGGUGGCCAAGGCCUCCUCUGCAGCCGAAGGCUUGUGCAAGUGGAUCACUGCCAUGGAGGUGUACGACAGAAUAGCCAAGGUAGUUGCCCCUAAGAAGGCCAACCUGGCAGAAGCCCAGCAGUCCCUGGCCACCACCAUGGCCCUGCUCAAUGAGAAGAGAGCUGAGCUGAAGGAGGUGGAGGACCGCUUGGCCUCCCUGCAGAAGACCUUUGAGGAUAAGACAGAGGAAAAGGCCCAGCUGGAGUUCCAGGUGGAUCUCUGUGCCCGCAAGCUGGAGAGGGCUGAGAAACUCAUUGGAGGUCUGGGAGGAGAAAAGACCAGGUGGUCUAAGGCAGCUGAUGACUUACAGAACACCUAUGACAACUUGACUGGAGACGUGCUCAUCUCAGCUGGGGUUAUUGCCUACCUGGGAGCCUUCACUGCAGGUUUCAGACAAAACUGUGCAAAGAAAUGGACACAACUCUGCAAGACAAAGAAUAUUCCAUCAUCUGAUGACUUCUCCUUGAGUAAGACCCUUGGAGACCCCAUCAAGAUCCGGGCUUGGAAUAUUGCUGGUUUGCCCACCGACAGCUUCUCCAUCGACAAUGGAGUGAUUGUCAGCAACUCACGCCGAUGGCCCCUCAUGAUUGACCCCCAGGGUCAGGCCAACAAAUGGGUGAAGAACUCAGAGAAGGACAACAACCUGAGUGUGAUCAAGCUGACAGACGGGGACUACAUGAGAACCCUGGAGAACUGCAUCCAGUUUGGAUCCCCUCUGCUGCUCGAGAACGUUGCAGAGGAUCUGGACCCUUCUCUGGAACCCCUGCUGCUCAAACAGAUCUUCAAACAAGGGGGUGUGGAAUGUAUUCGACUGGGGGAGAGUGUGAUUGAGUAUUCCCGAGACUUCCGAUUCUACAUCACCACUAAGCUGAGGAACCCCCACUACCUGCCGGAGCUGGCCACCAAAGUCUCCCUCCUCAACUUCAUGAUCACCCCGGAAGGGUUAGAGGACCAGCUACUUGGCAUCGUGGUCGCUAAGGAGAGGCCCGAACUGGAAGAGGAGAGGAACGCCCUCAUUCUGCAGUCUGCAGCCAACAAGAAACAGCUGAAAGAGAUAGAGGAUAAGAUCCUAGAGACGCUGUCAUCGUCGGAGGGAAACAUCCUAGAGGACGAAAGUGCCAUUCAGGUCUUGGACUCAGCCAAGAUCAUGUCCAACGAGAUCUCCAAGAAACAGCAGAUAGCAGAGAAGACAGAGAUCAAGAUAGCAGAGUCAAGGGAGGGCUACAGAGCCAUCGCCAAGCACUCAUCCAUUCUGUUCUUUAGUAUUGCUGACUUGGCCAACAUUGACCCCAUGUACCAGUAUUCUCUUGGCUGGUUUGUUAACCUCUACAUGAACUCCAUCCAGGACAGUAACAAGUCCAAGAUCCUGGAGAAGAGGCUGCGAUACCUGAUUGACCACUUCACCUACAACCUGUACUGUAACGUGUGUCGCUCCCUGUUUGAGAAGGACAAACUCCUCUUCUCCUUCAUCCUCUGCUCCAACCUUCUUCUAGCGAAGAAGGAGAUAAAGUACUCUGACUUCAUGUUCUUCCUGACUGGAGGAGUGGGCCUGCAGAACAACACACCCAACCCUGACCCCUCCUGGCUACAGGACAAGAGCUGGGAUGAGAUCUGCAGGGCCAGCGACCUGCCCAACCUCCAGGGACUCAAGGAGAGUUUCACGAAGAACCCAGAGAUGUUCCUGACCAUCUAUGACAGUAAGGAGCCCUACAACACCCAGCUGCCCAAACCUUGGUGUGAAACCCUCAAUGACCUGCAGAAGAUGAUCAUAUACCGUGGCCUCAGGCCCGACAAGAUUGUACCAGCCAUCAACAACUAUGUGACUGACAAGCUGGGGAGGAAGUUUGUGGAGCCCCCUCCCUUUGACCUGAGUAAGAGCUACCUGGACUCUAACUCUACAAUCCCACUGGUGUUCAUACUGUCUCCAGGAGCUGACCCCAUGGCCAGCUUACUAAAGUUUGCCAAUGACAAAAACAUGGGCGGCUCAAAGUUCCAGGCCAUCUCUCUGGGUCAGGGCCAGGGUCCCAUCGCUGCUAAAAUGAUCCGUACGGCCAUGAAGGAGGGCACAUGGGUGUGCCUGCAGAACUGUCACCUGGCUGUCUCCUGGAUGUCCACCCUGGAGAAGAUCUGUGAGGACUUCAGCCCCGAAACCUGUCACCCAGAGUUCCGCCUGUGGCUCACCAGCUAUCCCUCCCCCAAGUUCCCAGUGAUCAUCCUGCAGAACGGUGUGAAGAUGACCAACGAGCCUCCCACCGGCCUGAGACUGAACCUGCUGCAGUCCUACCUGACAGACCCAGUCUCUGACCCUGCCUUCUUCAGCAACUGUUCUGAAAAAGAGCUGGUGUGGGAGAAGCUCUUGUAUGGAGUGUGCUUCUUUCAUGCUCUGGUUCAAGAGAGGAAGAAGUUUGGGCCCCUUGGCUGGAACAUUCCAUAUGGCUUCAAUGAGUCAGAUCUGCGCAUCAGCAUCAAACAGCUGCAGCUGUUUGUGAACGAGUAUGAUAGUGUGCCGUUUGAGGCCAUCACUUACCUGACUGGGGAAUGUAACUACGGGGGCCGGGUGACUGAUGACUGGGACAGAAGACUGCUCAUGACCACCCUGGCUGACUUCUACAACAAAGACAUCAUAGAAAAUCCUCGCUACACCUUCUCCCCCAGCGGCAAAUAUUAUGCCCCUCCCAAGUCCAUAUAUGAGGACUAUAUAGACUUCAUCAAGAACCUUCCUCUCACCCAGCACCCAGAGGUGUUUGGGAUGCAUGAGAACGUGGACAUCUCAAAGGACUUGCAGCAGACCAAGUUGCUGUUUGACUCCCUGCUACUCACUCAGGGAGGGGGCUCCAAGGGAGGGGCCAGCUCAGGAAAUGACAACACACUGUUCGAGAUUGCUAACGACGUCCUCACUAAGCUUCCAGCUAACUUUGACAUUGAGGCAGCCUUAAUGAAGUUCCCCGUGAUGUAUGAGGAGAGCAUGAACACUGUGUUGGUGCAGGAGAUGGAACGCUACAACACGUUAUGUGUCACCAUUCGUGUAAGCCUGCAGAACCUGCAGAAGGCCAUCAAGGGUCUGGUGGUGAUGGAUGCUGAGCUGGAGGCCUUGUCUGGCAGUCUGAUGGUGGGCAAGUUGCCAGAGAAGUGGGCCAAGCGCUCCUACCCCAGCCUCAAGCCCCUGGGUAGCUACAUAACAGACUUUCUUACCAGGCUCAAAUUCCUGCAGGACUGGUACGAAACCAACAAGCCAAAUGUGUUCUGGCUGUCCGGCUUCUUCUUCAUCCAGGCCUUCCUCACGGGGGCCAUGCAGAACUAUGCCAGGAAGUACUCCAUUCCCAUCGACCUGCUGGUCUUUAGCUACGAGGUUCUACCCAUCGAAACGUCCGACACAAGCCCUGAGGAUGGUGUCUACAUCCACGGCCUGUUCCUGGACGGAGCUCGCUGGGACCGACUAAAUGGAGUCCUCACUGAACAACACCCCAAAGUCCUGUUUGACUCUGUCCCCAUCAUCUGGAUCAAACCCACUCAGAAGGAUGGGACAGAGCAGUCCCAGAGCCUGUAUGUGUGCCCACUGUAUAAGACCAGUGAGAGGAAGGGCACCCUCUCCACCACAGGGCACUCCACCAACUUCGUCAUCAGCAUGAUGCUGCCCACCAACAAACGCCCGCAGCACUGGAUCAAGAGAGGAGUGGCCAUGCUGUGUCAGCUGGAUGACUGAAACAGAAAGUCACACUAUUUCAUACAAGCACUUUAUGCCGUCCCACUUGGGAUUCAUGUCUUUUGGUGGAAUCUUUAUUCACAAAUGAACCCUAUUAAAGACAUUUUCAACCACCUCAAGCUGUGGCUUUGAUGUUAAGAGUAUCGUGUGUCAUAUGACGUCUGUGUGACA